CCUCAAGCCUAUAAGCUUUCCGGCCUGCUACUACCAUACCAGCUGAAUCCUUCCCUCUCUUACAAACUUCCCUUCAUCGUCCUUCACAGUCGUACGAACAUGGAUUUGGUUCUCGGAGACUUCUGCUUGUCCUGUGACAAGCAGACCAACGGCACAGCUUUCUGUUCUUCAGCCUGCCGUCUCACACAACUUGAUCACUUCACAUUGGACUCGAACUCCUCAUCUCUCGGUGACACAAACACCAGCUUCUUCCCUCAACAACGACCCUCCUUAUCCAUCUCGACAAAUGGCUUCUACCUUCCACCAGCGUACGACUUCUCUAUCCAUCGAACAUCCUCUUUCAACUCUCUCUCGGCGUCUUCUGUAUCCUCCAGGCCACAUAGCCCUAAACUGUCUGAACAGGCACAAAAUGAUCUGAAAGAUUAUGUUGGGUUGUUUGAUCAGACAAGGACACUCCGUCGAAGAGUAUCGAUGCAAAGCAAUUGAUGUGGGAGACGCAGUCAUACCACGACACUUCACCUACAUGACUAUAUGGAAUACGAGUUGAUGACGAGCGAAUGGGUACACUUGAGACUGCAAUCUUUUCUUUCAUGUGCUUUUAGAUUGCAUGGGCCUGAGGCUAUACGAAAAAAGCAUGAUACGGCGUU